AACCGUGAUGGAGCUACUACCGCCGGGUGCGUUGAAGGAUGCACGGGUCUACUUAACAAUAUACUUUUGUGGCUUCAGUGCUCCACUCUUCGGCCUUGCCCCAGAGCGUCCGCUCCAGUCUCUCCUUUCUCCAAGUCCUGCUCACUGAUUUCACAGGGGAGACAAUCAGUCAGGAUGUUGUUCAGAUGUACUUGUUAACUACCUGCUGGGACCGUUCCCUGAACCACUCCCCCGCUCGCCGCUCUGCAGCUGAGCUAACCACACCACGCCACCACACAUACAGAAACACAUUUUUAAAAGAACUGUGUCUUAUUUGGGGCCAUUGGGGGCAAUAUGACCCUCAAAUAUAUACAUCUUUGUUUUAUUUCUAAACUUGAGUAAUCAGUCAAACUUCCAAAAACACACAAAAAAUAUGAAGAAUUAGGGUCUUUAUUUUAUGACAAAUGUCACGUCAGAGGGUGAAGUUCCUUCUUAAUAUACAGAAACAUAGCGAUCAAUGAAGGCCAGAACUUUAUGGCAAUACUUUUAAAUCAGAUUGCAUCCUCUCGAAUGGUUGGAACCAAAAGAUCGAGGCUGAAAGGCUGCCGAUGGAGUGAGUGAUUGGAAACAGGUGCAUUCACACUGCUGAAACCGGAGAUCAGUGGUCCAACAUCUGAAGUGGAAAUUACUUGGGGGGGCAAAAAAAAGGAGGAAACAGAGAUCAAUCGUUUUCUCCUCUUAGUUAGCCAUCCCGCAUACUUCAGUCAUGUAAAAUAGAAGACAAAAAGAUGAAUGCAUGAGUCACCUCUCGCCACAAAAACUGCAACUUACCGUCAGCAUUUGGGCUAUGCUAACGCUGUCUCCCCCUUCUUGGAAUCAAAGGACAUUUUUUGCAAUUUCUUUUCAUACCGUCUCUGCUCUAUAUUUAAUACCUAAUACACUGGACACUUUAUUGUUGUCUUUCGCACUUGUGUACUUGUUUGUCUAUUGUUUGCACGAACCUGACUGAUCCAGAAUAUUUUUAAUGGACAAUUUGCCUCGGAUUUGGACCAAUAAUAUGAGUACUUUGGAUAUCUGCACUGGAUGUUCAUGCAAAAUUGCAAUCACUUACAAAUAAUCAGAUUGCUCCAUCAGCCAAAAACAAAUCAAAUAUACAAACCAUAUUGUACGUUUUAUCUGUGCAAAAAAGAACAAAUAUUUGGGCGAAAAUAGUUUAUUGGGGUUGUAAUUAACCUGAAUUGCAGUGAAUGUGCAACAUGUGCAAAAUAAAACCAAAUAAGUGUGGAUGUGUAUGGGCCAUCUCUCAAUUCUCACAAAAUCUCACGUUUUAUCAGUAUUGAUGGCUGCAAUAAGCCUGCUUUUCACGACAAAUCACACAUUCACUCUAAAUGGUAAUUUGCAUAUUCCAGAACGCCUCACUGUGACUCCAGAGAAACCACCUCGGGCGAAAGAACGUUUCCACCUUCCAUGUUCCAUGUUCCAUGUUCCAUGUUCCAUGUUCCAUGUUCCAAGUUCCAAGUUCCAAGUUCCAUGUUCCAUGUUCUGUUCUCCGCAGCAUAAGAAUACACGCUGGCAAAUUCAGUUAGUUGCCAGCCUUGGAACUGCACACACACACAGAAGUUUUUGCAAUGUGGGCACGUCUAUCUGCGUUUUUCGGCCACCACAAAGCCGACAACGUACCCGCAACCAAAAGAGCUCGAGAUGAGGAUACACAAGGAGAAGAGGCUCGAGGGGCCCUCGACCACUCUCACGUUGAUUCAACGUCCGCCUCAGCAGACACAGUCGUUGGCAGGAGAGGUGUCAAGAGGAAGGUCACCGCUGCUGAGGGCGGACCAAUGAGGAAGAGGAAGAGGAGGCUGGUCACCGAGGACAGCGAAGACAGCGAGCACAGCGAGGAGGAGGCCAAACAAAGAGGAUGGCUAUCGUAUUUUCCGUUUUUCGGCCACCGCAAAAGAGCUCGAGGAUGCGACAACGCCUCUGUGGACGGACCGAGGAAGAAGAGGAAGAGGAGGCUGGACGACGAGGACGACGAGGACGGCGAGGACAGCGAGGACGACGAGGACGACAAGGACGGCGAGGAGGAAACCAAACAAAGAGAGUUUGAGGCCAAAUAUAUAGAACUGGAUCACAUCGGGACAAGAGGACGUGCAUCUGUGUAUGCCGGCCUCCGCAGAGACGACAACGUACCCGUUGCCAUCAAACAUAUCAGAAAUGAAAACGUCUACUGCACACAUGUGGACGACAAAGGGAACGUGAUCCCCACAGAGGUCGCCGUCAUGUUGAAGCUGGCGGCCGAAUCGGAUGGGACAUCGUCACACGUGUCCCUGCUGGACUGGUACCAGUUGGUGGGGGAGCUCGUGCUGGUGAUGGAGAGGCCGAUGCCCGCUGAGAAUUAUAAUAACUAUCUCCCAUACAAUAAAUUCUAUGUGAAGAAUGAAGAAGACGUCAAGAUCAUCCUGAGGCAGCUGGUCGAUGCAGCGCUCGAUCUGGAGAGCAAGAACGUUUUCCACCGGGACAUAAAGGCGGAGAACAUGCUGAUUGAGACGCGCUCGGACUUCCCGCGGGUUCGCCUCAUCAGCUUUGGAGUUAGCUGUUUUGAUGAUAAAAGACAGACUUACGAGGACUUUUACGAUCUGAAGACCCCAGAGUUCUACCUUGAAAAUGGAUACAGAGCAGGACCAACCACAGUGUUCCAGAUCGGAGUGGUGCUGUAUAAUGCCCUCCACAUGAGGAAAAGGUUCAACACGUUGGCGUUCAUUCAAGGAUUUCAGUCUCUCCCACCCAAGACCUCCAAAUCCUGCAAGGACUUCCUCCUGAUGUGCCUGAGAGUCAAUCCCAACAACACGUGCCAACGCUGGAGCAGCUCAGGAAUCACCAGCCUGUGCGACCAAUCCAAGGUGGGAUUGACUCCAACCCCUCCGCGAGAUGAGCCGCAAACCUACCUGGAGGCGGGGCAGAAUGAUGUCACACAUCCUCUCUGCAUGAAGAAGCUCAUCCAUGAACUCGUCCACGUGCAUCAACUCAAAUCCUAA